AUGCCACUAUGUCAGAAGGUGUCGACAAUUGUCUUAAGGCGUGAGGAGCCCGCUGUCUUCUUCCCUAACAUCCGAGAGAAUGCUCCAGAUAAGACCACAGACAUGUGGGUAAACACAGACACGUGGGCGUGGGGCCAUUGUCAGUGAGCCACAGGAGGUAAAAGGCAAUGAUUUAUCCACCCCGUCCCCUUCUGUGUCUCUCUAACAAAGCAACCCGGGAGAGUGUUAUGUUGCCUGGAAACUCCUCUUAACAAGGUCAGGUACCUCAGCCUUCACCGGUCCUCGGCUGAGGCUGCUGUCUUCUUUCCAGGGCUCAGUUCAGCUGCUUCACAUCAGGAUGUCGGCUAUGCACUGGGAGGCCAGGCGGCGUCAGAAUGCCCUGGACCGCAGGAUGGCCCGGAAUAAGCAGCAGGUGCUGCAGAAGGGUUCUGAAACCAGACACAGUGAAACAGAAUCAAACACAACGCAAGAGCAACCAGCUGGAAGUCAGUGUCCACACUGUAAAAGUGACCUGAAGACGACAGUCCAUGACGGCGGAAAGAUCCCCAACAGAUACUCGUCCUUACAGUACACCCAGCAGUGGUGAGGAAGAAUGUCACCAUUCUCUGUAUUGGACCACAUCUGGGACGGCACAUCUGUGCUGUGUUUAGUCUUAAUUGUGUCAGUGUGAGAUUUAUCACCGGUCUGUAAUAAAUGAACAUGUCUAAAAAGCGAUGUCAGAGCCUGGAGCCUGUCUUUCUUUAAACCGUGUGGCUUUUGUUUGUAUGGGUGAUCACUGACAAUCAAACUACUCCCUAAGUGUGGAAAUAAAACAUUGAACCACCUCCACUGUUUAGUCAAUCACAACCACUAAAUGUACGGUCACAACGUAGUAUGUCAAGCAGAUGUUAAGCGACGAAUACACAACGCAAUGAUGCCAUCUACUGACUAAAUGAGGUUACAGCAUCUUGUAAAACCAAGGACACGCGGAGGGUCGACAAAGCUAUCCCCACUAGAGGGUGAAAACCACUGGCAUGUACUGUCUGAUGACAAAUAAUUGUGUAAAAUCUAAUAAAAUAUGUUGCCAAAUGUUGAGAGGGUAACAAGUCAAAGUCAAAAGAAAACAUGUUGACACUACGGGAAAAUGGUGGUUUAAAUUUCUCACGUUUUUCCCAGUGAAUGACUUAUCCAAAUCUGAAUGACGCAUCCGGUCUUUUACAAUCUUCAGUUCAUCAUUCAUGAUAAAUACAUUUGUCUUCAUCAGGUAUCAAGCUGAUUGAUGAUGGACAGAAAUUAACUUAAAGCAUUUUACUCUCAGAUUACACAUCAAACAGGUCUGUAAUGUACAAAUCUGAAGUCACCAAUAUUAUUUGUGAUGAGAAAAUUAGUUUCAUCAAUUCAGACCAAAUUUAAAAUACUGUCACACUCUCCCAGUUGGAUUAUCUGGCAUCCAUCCCAUGGUAUAAGUAGGCAAGGUGUAAGCACCUCUACAUGCCUAAAUGCACUGAAAUGCAGCCAUGCGAUGAUCGAUUUUAAACCAAGUGAGAAAUUACACAUGGGUAUGGGUUUUAAUUGCUAUCCUGUUUGUGUUUACAUUGACAAAGCGGUUACAGAGGUUAAGUAAAUAUAGAUAGAAAGUGUGUGACUCAUGUUAUGUUGGCACAUAAUCAGCACCAGUAUGAAUGGUUGUUUGUCUCUGUGUUAGCAUUGGCAUAGACGGUACACUGCGAUUAAACGGUAUGGAAGAUGAGAUGAGAUGAGAUAAUAA